AGAGUCGCAUUGUAAACAAAACGGUGCAAGUUUAUAAGACGGAGUCAAUUUACAAUUUUCGGCCAUUCGAUUAUUGUCUUGCUGAUUGGUAGACAUUGCAAAGAUUUGUGUUAAUAGGUUUCAAGUGAGUUUUCAAUUAAAGGCUGUGUCGAUUUGAAAAUAAUUUUAUUAACUUCAUUCAGUGAAAAACUAUUCCAGUUGUACAUCAACAUCUUUAAUUAAACAUAAAUACUAAAAAAAUAAUAUAAAUACAGUUACAUUCGAAGUGAGCUUACAAAAAAUAACGCUGUAAAAGGAAAUAACGUAACAAGAAACACAUUGACAACGUUGACGUGAGAAAAUUAUGCCAAAAUCGUUUCUAGUAAAUCGGAGUGACAGACUCAAAACUACAGAACUUCAAGGAAACAAAUUACCGGAAUCUUCGCUGGAAACAUAUUUCAAAAUGGCGAGUGUUACUGGACUUCCGGUCUACCAGACGACAGAUUCCAACCUGCCGUACAGAUACACGACGGACAUUCUUUCACCGUACAUCAACGCCGGAAGCAUGUCUAAUUGGCCGUUGAACAGUCUGUCUGUAAAUCACUGGAAUUAUUAUAACCUGAUGACGUCAUUUACGUCGAUGUACCACAUGAAUAACGUCAGAUAUUCACCAAAGUCACGUGACAGUGGGAUUUCAUCUCCAAAUAGCGUAGGAUCUUUAGAUUUGUCGAUCACAAAAUCAAUAAAAACAGAGUCACCAUCCCCCGUGAAACAAAAGCCAAAGUUUGAUUUUGCUAACCUUGCAAAGUCUGCUACAGAAGGGAAUGAUUCCCACCACGACAAACCGCCGGCAAACACAGACGCCCAGAUCUUCAGCCGCAUGAUGAUAAAUACAGGUUCAUUAAGAUACAAUCCGCUUACAAGCAGUUUCCGCCCGGCUUCUAAACAACAAACCGAAACUUUAAAGAGACCCAGAGGACGAGGACCAGCAAGGACAAAGAAGGAGUUUAUUUGCAAGUACUGUGGUCGCCAUUUUACCAAAAGUUAUAAUCUGCUCAUUCAUGAACGCACACACACGGACGAACGCCCAUACAGUUGUGAGAUUUGUGGUAAAGCGUUCAGAAGACAGGAUCAUCUCAGAGAUCACAGAUAUAUCCAUUCAAAAGAAAAGCCAUUCAAAUGUACAGAGUGCGGAAAGGGAUUUUGUCAAUCAAGAACUCUCGCUGUUCACAAAACAUUACACCAGAAUAAUUCCGAUGGAUCGGCCAUUUUAAAACCACCACGUGCCACAAAAUUAACCAAACAAUCAACAGUGAUACCUAGACAACAAUUAUUGAAUACGUCAUCAGAUCAUCAAACUCUGAUUGCGUCACCAGGGCAACAUACUUUGACUACGUCACCAACUCAGAUUACAAUGUAGGGUUUAAAGUAACCAAAGAAGCUAA